CGCUGACACGCGCGUGGGUGGACGGUGUGCGUGCGCUUGCGUGAGCUCUGCGUUUGUGUAAGAGAGAGAGAGACAGAGAGAGGGGCUUCCUCCUCCAGCAGAUCCCGCCGCUCCGACAGUUUUCAGACGCGCUCACCAUCGACAGCCACGCAGCGUCGGAUCCCUGACAGCUGCCUGUGAACCCGGACCCGGACCCGGACUCGGGAGGGAUGAAGAGCGUGCACGCGGCUCGGCUCCCGGCGGAGCGCAGUUAUUUCGUGGCCACCUCGGUGCGCGUCUCACCCCACGUCACAUCAAACUACUGAGCCUGAUGUUGAGCUGCAGGUGUGAACACCUUCAUCUUACCAUUUAAAGUAUGACAUCGGUGGCUUCCUCUCAUGUCCACGGACGGAGUACCGGUGUAGCCUGCGGGAUUUAGCGGAGAGCCGUGGCCGAACCGCCGACGCCGCCUUUUCCUUUGUUUCCUUUCUAAAUUCCAGCAAUGGGAGCUCACGCAACAAGCGACCGCGGCUGCGAGCAGCAGCAGCCGCCGCAGCAGCAGCUGUGCGCGUCCGCACAGGGGUAGCGCAGUUACAAACUGCGGAUUCCGAGCUGUGCGAGUCUUGGUUCGCUGCUGGAACAGGACAGGAAUGGACUCGGAUUCGUAAAACUACCCUAGAACGUGCGGCGCUGCAGUGGUUCUGCAUUCUCCAGUCGGGCUCCGUUUCACUGAAGUGCUGCUGGGCACGAACGGUUCGGAUCAUGGGGAGGCUCUCCAACACUCCCCCCCAGCUCGAAGCCUCCUCCACCUUCCGAGUGCUGUGGAUGCUUCAGGCGCUGCUGGAGCUGGCAGGCUCCCAGGAGAUUUACGCGCCGCACUCGAUCCGCGUGGAGGGCGACGUGACGCUGGGGGGGCUGUUCCCGGUCCACGCCAGGGGGGUCCCGGGGAUGCCGUGCGGGGACAUCAAGAAGGAAAACGGCAUCCACCGGCUGGAGGCGAUGAUGUACGCCCUGGACCAAAUUAACAAUGACGACGAGCUGCUGCCCAACGUCACCCUGGGCGCGCGGAUCCUGGACACCUGCUCGCGGGACACGUACGCGCUGGAGCAGUCGCUGACGUUCGUCCAGGCGCUCAUCCAGAAGGACACGUCGGACGUGAGGUGCACUAACGGAGAACCGCCGGUGUUUGUCAAGCCCGAGAAAGUUGUGGGGGUGAUCGGAGCAUCGGCCAGCUCAGUGUCCAUCAUGGUGGCCAACAUCCUGCGCCUGUUCCAGAUCCCUCAGAUCAGCUAUGCGUCCACGGCUCCGGAGCUGAGUGACGAUCGGCGCUACGACUUCUUCUCGCGGGUGGUGCCUCCGGACAGUUUCCAGGCCCAGGCCAUGGUUGAUAUCGUCAAGGCCAUGGGCUGGAACUACGUGUCCACCGUUGCCUCAGAGGGCAGCUAUGGAGAGAAAGGAGUGGACGCCUUCAUGCAGCUCUCCAGAGAGGCAGGUGGAAUCUGUAUAGCUCAGUCGCUGAAGAUCCCUCACGACCACAAACCGUCGGACUUUGACAAAAUCAUCCGUCUGCUGCUGGACACGCGCUACGCCAGAGCAGUGGUCCUGUUCGCGUCUGACGAAGACAUCAGGGGGAUCCUUAACGCCACAAAGCGAGCCGACCAACUCGGUCACUUCCUGUGGAUUGGCUCCGACAGCUGGGGAGCCAAGAACAGCCCGAUCCACCAGCUGGAGGAUGCGGCCGUGGGAGCCGUCACCAUCCUGCCUAAGAGAGCCACCAUCAGCGGGUUUGACGCCUACUUCACGUCACGGACGCUAGAGAACAAUCGCAGGAACGUGUGGUUUGCAGAGUACUGGGAGGAGAACUUCAACUGCAAACUGAUGAGCUCCUCUAAGAAAGAGGAGAGCAGUAGAAAGUGCACAGGUCAGGAGCGUAUCGGCAUUGAUUCCAAGUACGAGCAGGAGGGUAAGGUCCAGUUUGUGAUCGACGCUGUCUACGCCAUGGCCCACGCCCUCCACAACAUGCAGCGGGACCUGUGUCCGGAGAACUCCGGCAUCUGCCCCGACAUGGAGGUGGCGGGGGGCAAGAAGCUGCUCAAGUACAUCCGCAGCGUCAGCUUCAACGGCAGCGCCGGUACUUCAGUGACCUUCAACCGGAACGGCGAUGCCCCCGGACGCUACGACCUGUUUCAGUACCAGUGGAACAAUGCGACUGGGCCGGGCUACCGCGCCAUCGGCCAAUGGACGGACACGCUGCAGCUCAACGUGGAGGACAUGCGGUGGCCUCGGGGGGAGCAGGACAUCCCCACCUCCGUCUGCAGCCUGCCCUGUAAGACGGGGGAGAGGAAGAAGGUGGUGAAGGGCAUGGCCUGCUGCUGGCACUGCGAGCCCUGCGAGGACUACCAGUACCAGGUCGACGAGUUCACCUGCAAGGUCUGCACCUACAACAUGAGACCCACGGCCAACCGCUCGUCCUGCCAGGCCAUCCCCAUCGUCAAGCUAGAGUGGCACUCUCCCUGGGCUCUGAUCCCCGUUUUCCUGGCCAUGCUCGGCAUCAUCGCCACCAUCUUUGUCAUGGCCACGUUUAUCCGGUACAAUGACACUCCCAUCGUCCGAGCGUCCGGCCGGGAGCUCAGUUACGUUCUUCUGACGGGGAUAUUUCUGUGCUACAUCAUCACGUUCCUCAUGAUCGCAAAGCCAGAUGUUGGCGUGUGCUCGUUCAGAAGGAUUUUUCUGGGUUUGGGAAUGUGCAUCAGCUACGCCGCCCUCCUCACCAAAACCAACCGCAUCUACAGGAUCUUCGAGCAGGGGAAGAAGUCAGUGACGGCGCCCAGGCUGAUCAGCCCCACCUCGCAGCUGGCCAUCACCUCCAGUCUCAUUGCCGUGCAGCUGCUGGGGGUGCUGGUCUGGUUCGGCGUGGAUCCACCUAACACUGUCAUAGACUACGAUGAGCAGAAGAACAUGAACCCGGAUCUGGCACGAGGAGUGUUGAAGUGCGACAUAACGGAUCUUCAGAUCAUCUGCUCGCUGGGUUACAGUAUCCUGCUGAUGGUCACAUGUACUGUUUACGCCAUAAAGACCCGCGGGGUCCCGGAGAACUUCAACGAGGCCAAGCCCAUUGGGUUCACCAUGUACACCACCUGCAUCGUGUGGUUGGCCUUUAUACCCAUCUUCUUUGGCACAGCGCAGUCGGCAGAGAAGCUCUACAUCCAGACCACCACGCUCACCAUCUCCAUGAACCUGAGCGCGUCCGUGGCCCUCGGGAUGCUCUACGUGCCCAAAGUCUACGUCAUCAUCUUCCACCCGGAGCUCAACGUGCAGAAGAGGAAGCGUUCCUUCAAAGCCGUGGUCACGGCUGCCACCAUGUCGUCCCGGCUCUCUCACAAGGCCAGUGACCGGCCCAACGGCGAGGCCAAGACGGAGCUGUGCGAGAACGUCGACCCCAACAGCUAAUUUCAUAAUUUAUCAGAGGUCCUGCAGUGAAGAAGAAAUUUGUGAGCUACAACGACCUUGUGAUCUAACCAUGCGACAGACUGGAGACAAAGGAGAGGCCCACGUCUCCACGAAACGGGAUGUGGACUCAUUGCCCACCACAAACUGAAGCAGCCUUGUGGUCAGAGAAACAGAAGAAGGUGAAGGACCGUUUCAAAAAAAACAAACACAGGAUGCAUGAGCGCAGCCUCUGGGCUGAGGAGCUGAUGUCCAAGCAUCUGUGCUCGUCCAAGGAGCCUCCUCGUCUCGUCUACUUCCAAACUGCUUCCUGUCGACCUGUCUGUGCUUCUUUAUGGCUUCUGUGUCCCAAUCCUUUGUUGUCCUUUUCAUUUCCUUGUUUAUUAUGUUGAUGAAUCUGUUUUGCUUUGCGUCUUGGAUGCAUAGAGUCUUUCCUUAAAGCCAUAUUUCUCACUUUGCUCACGCCGACACCUGGAAUCUGCUUUUUGUCACAGACAGAUCCUCCACCACUGCGUCCACUGUGAUGUGGUUCACACUCAGGGCUGCGUUUCCUCCAUUCAGCCUCGUUAGUCUCACAAAUGUUAAAAAGCAGCAAACGGGGAGGUCUUGUUUGGGCCCAGAUGAGUCAGAACCAGUUAAGUGAUGUUGUGGUAAUUUCUGCCUGCAUGAACCUUCAUCUUCCACCUUCCACAGUCUAGAUCUGGGAUUUGACUCACAAAAGGAAUGUACAUAAAGUGGUUGUUGAGCCUAAGUCAGGUGGUAAAAACCAGAUUCCUCCUCAACAAACAAGAGAUGUUUGCACAUACAUGACCAGUGUUUUGUAGGUGUGACAAUGAUAAUGAUGAUGAUGAUGAUGAUGAUGAUGAUGAUGACCCUUAACUGUGUUGUAGCCAACUUAAGAGAACCUAACGGGUUUGACUCGUGCUGAGGUUGUUCAUGCAUGCCUGAUAUGUUCGAUGUUGAAAAUGAAAAAACGAAAACAACGCUCGGUUCCACUUGUCUGCUCUGACGUCUCCUAGUUCUGUUCUUUACUGUCCACUUCCUCUGACGCGGCUUUAAGCGGUUUCUUAUUUUCAUGGAAACUGUAGGAAAUGGAGAAAAAUAUGAAUCUAUAUUUAAGAAAACAAAACCCUUGUAAAAAGGAAGCAUGUAUGUUUUCUACUGUUUGUACCUGGUACCUUCAUGUUGCCCUGCUGCUUCUGUGCCAAUGUUGUGGGAGAGAUUUACAUUUGGCCACUCAUGCAACUAUUUUGUGGUGUUGUCUAAGAAUGUAUCAACAUGAAAUAAAACAAGUCUUUGGUUAUUUUUUUUAUAUA